AUGAACCAAGACCGAGAGUUUCGGCCGAGUCCAAUCGAUGGCCUGUCGGUCGAGCUCGUGCGAAUGAUACUCUCAGUUGUGCCAGACGUCGCAUCAUUGCAAGCGGCGGCCUUGUCGUGUCCACUGUUCUAUCGUGCGUUUUUGGAGGCGGAGACGGCAAUCACAGCGCAGGUGCUGCUCAACCAGAUAGAUAUCAGCGUGUUGCCCGAAGCGAUGGCAGCGUCUGAAUCCUCAUCGUUGCGCCCACAUGAUACGGAACCAAAAAAUGGGCAAGUCAUCGUGGACUUUGUCACCCAAAAUCUCCGCCAGAGGCCGACUCCACCCAGAUCUUGGUCGCUACGGAAAGCGCUUCGCCUUGGGCGACUGCAUGUCUAUAUGGACGGUUUGGCCAAGAAGUUCGCCAUGGCGGCCUUAACCAAACGUCCCCUAAAUCGGUCCAAGUCUAUCGCGACACGCCAGGAGAUAUGCCGCAUCGAACGCGCAUUGUACCGGUUUGAAAUCUACUGCAACCUCUUCCGCGAAUCUCCGAAGGCACAAUCUAGUGUAUAUGGAGAGCAAAAGCAGCUCUUCUUCGCGAAUUUUGCUCCCUGGGAGAAUGAACAGCUUGACUGUAUUCAUGACUUCCUUGUCCAAAUCGUCUCACCAGAACAUGACAUUGCUUGGGGUGCAUUCCAUGUGAAGUACGGUGACAGGGUUGACUCGCCUUUCAUCCAACAUGUCCUGUCACUCGGGUUGGAAAAGCUACAUCAGAUCGCCGGGGCAGAAACAUAUGAGGAACGGUACGGUCUUCUGUAUUCCAGCCAUUGUCCGCCGGCCACGGAUUCUUUCCUCCACGAAGGGCUGCGAGGCGCAAACGAACAGAACGACAAUAUCUUCCUCGAUGACUUGACACCGGAGGAUAGAACCCUCCAUAUCAAAUGGCUGUUCUUUGCUGAUCCGGAUUCCGGUCCGGCGGAUGUCUGGCGAUGGGCACACCAAGAAGAAAGCUGGGCGAAUUGGGUGUACCAAGAGAAUCGUCAUGGGGAGCAGAUCUACAUGAGCGGUGGUACCGGUUGGUGGAGCUGGGGAGAUCAAAGUAAGGUGAGAUGGCGAGGUGGAGUGAUGCCCGGGCAGGGACGGUCCGUUCCUGUGCAUACCAAGCCCAAUUCGCUUCGAGAGGCUCGAGAUAUGUUGACAAUGAUGAAGCUACCGCCGUCAGUCAAGUAA